CAAACCUAACUCCGUACCACCUCAGAGGUGAUUCACCUUACACGUGUCAUGCGAUGGAAGGUUCUAAACCAGGUUCGGCUGACGGCCACUUUGCACAUUUCUACACUCCUCUCUCUUUCUUCCUCCUCUCACCGUCUCGUCAAUAUCACCACAACAAAACGUUUGAUCAAAAGAGAAAGCACUGUUAAACCCUCACAAAACUUCUUCGUCAAACACACAAAAUAAUCUGCGAUCGAUCUCCGCCAUGAUUAGUUUAUAAAGAAGGUUGAUGAUAUGGGAGGAGCUUGCUCAAGGAAGAGAGAUCAACACGUCGAGGAUAUUCUAAACAGAGGCGCCUGUGGAAAAUACAGCAAGAGUUCGAGUUCGAAAUGGUUGGCUACUUCGCUCUCUAGGUCAGGCUCUUGUGUUAAACGGACUAAGGGAGAAUGCCCUUCGCUUUUGGAGCUCUGUGUCCGCAAGAUACAGGAGGACAUAGAUAAAUACACCACAUUCUCUGACCUACCUAGAGAUAUAAGUCAGCAGAUAUUUGAUGAGCUGGUGUGUUCCCAACGGUUGAGUUUAAAGUCUCUCGAGGCAUUUCGAGACUGUGCCAUCCAGGAUCUGAACUUGGGAGAGUACCCUGGGGUUAAUGAUGACUGGAUGGAUGUCAUCUCCUCGCAAAGUACAUCACUGCUUUCUGUUGAUUUCUCGGGGUCUGAUAUCACCGACUCUGGCCUGGUUUCUUUAAAAGGUUGCAAGAGCUUGGAGUCCUUAAACUUUAAUUUCUGUGACCAGAUAUCAAACCGCGGUCUCGAGCAUCUUAGCGGACUCUCAAACUUGACAAGCCUGAGCUUCAGAAGAAACGCUGCAAUCACAGCACAAGGCAUGCGUGCCUUUUCCAACUUUGUUAACAUGAAGAAACUAGAUCUUGAGAAGUGUCCUGGGAUUCACGGUGGGCUUGUUCACCUGCGAGAUUUAACCAAAUUAGAGUCCUUGAACAUAAAGUGGUGUAACUGCAUAACGGAUGCAGACAUGGAGCCUAUCUCAAAGCUUACAAAUCUGAGGAGUUUACAGAUUUGCUGUAGUAGGAUUACCGAUUUUGGUAUCAGCUACCUUAAAGGGCUAAACAAGCUUAACUUAUUGAACUUGGAAGGGUGCCGUCUUGUUACCGCUGCAUGCCUGGAGACACUCACAGCUCUUACGGAGUUGAUGUUCUUGAACCUCAAUAGAUGCAAUUUUUCAGACAGUGGGUGUGGAAAGUUCUCUGAUUUAGUUAAUUUGAAGAUCUUGAACUUGGGAAUGAACAACAUUACAAACUCAUGCUUGGUCCACCUCAGAGGGUUGACAAAGUUGGAGAGCUUGAACUUGGAUUCUUGUAGAAUUGGUGACGAAGGACUGGUACAUUUAUCAGGUGAUUGCUUACUUGCUUUUCCUGCUCUUAUCACGGAUUCUCCCAUAUUCAUAUAUACUCCUGUGGUUUUAGGUAUGCUUGGGUUGAAAUCUCUGGAGCUGUCUGAUACUGAAGUAGGAAGCCAUGGGCUUCGCCAUCUCUCUGGUCUCUCGAACCUGGAGAGCAUAAACCUGUCAUUCACUGUUGUCACCGAUAGCGGUUUAAGGAAGUUAUCUGGUUUGACAUCUCUUCGAACGCUGAACCUAGAUGCUCGUCAUGUCACCGAUGCUGGCCUUUCCGCGCUCACUAGUUUGACUGGAUUGACUCACCUUGAUCUCUUCGGUGCUCGUAUCACGGAUUCUGGAACAAAUCAUCUACGAAACCUGAAGAAACUGCAGUCACUUGAGAUAUGUGGUGGUGGAUUAACUGAUGCUGGUGUCAAGAACAUAAAAGAUCUUUCAUCCCUCACGCUCCUCAAUCUAUCACAAAACUCGAACCUCACAGACAAAACACUGGAGUUGAUUUCCGGGUUGACCGGAUUGGUCUCUCUAAACGUCUCAAACUCUCGAGUAUCAAACUCAGGAUUGCGUCACCUGAAGCCGUUGAAGAACCUGAGAUCUCUGACCUUGGAGUCCUGCAAGGUCUCUGCUAACGACAUCAGGAAGCUUCAGGCCACCGAUCUGCCAAACCUGGUCACCUUCCGCCCUGAAUGAAAUAUUUUCAAGUGGCAAAUUCACUAUCUCUGUAAAUAGAUCGAUCUCUUAUGGUUUCAGACAAAGUCACCUGUCUUCCUUGUAUAUAUAUAUAUACGUGGUGUCCAAAACAAAUGCUCUUAUUCGAAUUAAUUGCAGAAGAAACUGUAAAUAAAGCUUUAUAAGCUAUGGUUUACUCUUCUAUGUUGUCAGCUUUUGGGAUCUCUUUGGUGUGCUUAUUUACCGAAGUGAGCUGAUUGCUCUUGUAAAUGUAUGUAAAGAUCUGAAACAUCGUUUGUAUUCUUAUUUAAUUUUAAAUUUA